UUUGUCGCCACGACACACGACACGGGUCCGAUGCCGCCAUGCUAGCAGUAGCACGACGAACCCAUAAAGAGCACGGCCCCGCCUUGCCGGCUUCUCCGGUCCCAGCUCCCGCUCCCGCCUUGCUCCAGCCUCCAACCCCGCUCACCAUGGAGGCCGCCGCCCCGUGCCCGCGCGCCCACCCCGUGGACCUCCGCUGGCUGCUCUCCGUGGCCGCCGGCGGCCUCUUCGCGCUGCUGCUCCUGCUGGCCACCUCCCCGUCGUUCCAGCUCCCCUCCUCCUCCGCCGCCACCUCCCGCCUCUUCCUCACCCCCGCGUCCCGCUCCUCCUCGGCGCGCCCCGCGCUGCCCCCGCUCUUCGUCGAGCCCGCGCUCUCCCGCCCGCCGCCCCCGCCCGCCGCGUCCCUCCCGCGCUUCGCCUACGUCAUCUCCGGGUCCGCCGGGGACGCCGGGAUGAUGCGGCGCUGCCUGCUGGCGCUGUACCACCCGAGGAACCGCUACGUGCUCCACCUGGACGCGCAGGCGCCCGACGCCGACCGCGCCGACCUCGCCGCUUUCGUCGCCGCGCACCCGGUGCUCGCCGCGGCGGGGAACGUGAAGGUGGUCGAGAAGGCCAACCUCGUCACCUACAGGGGACCCACCAUGGUGACCACCACGCUGCACGCCGCCGCGCUGCUCCUGUGGGGCGACGGCAGGGGACGCGGCGGCGCCGACUGGGACUGGUUCAUCAACCUCUCCGCCUCCGACUACCCGCUCGUCACGCAGGAUGAUUUGAUGCAUGUGUUCUCCAAGCUGCCGCGCGAUCUCAACUUCAUCGAUCACACGAGUAACAUCUCCUGGAAAGCGUUUGCGAGGGCGAUGCCGGUGAUCGUAGACCCGGCGUUGUACAUGAAGACAAAGGGCGACCUGGUCUGGAUGCCGGAGAGGCGGAGCUUGCCGACGGCAUUCAAGCUAUUCACUGGUUCGGCGUGGAUGGUGCUGUCCCGUCCGUUCGUGGAGUACCUGAUCUGGGGGUGGGACAACCUCCCGCGCACGCUGCUCAUGUACUACGCCAACUUCAUCUCCUCCCCGGAGGGCUACUUCCACACGGUGGCGUGCAACGCCGACAAGUUCCGCAACACGACGGUGAACAGCGACCUGCACUUCAUCUCCUGGGACAACCCGCCGAUGCAGCACCCGCACUACCUCACCGUCGCCGACUGGGACCGCAUGGUCGCCAGCGACGCGCCCUUCGCGCGCAAGUUCCUCAGGGACGACCCCGUGCUGGACCGCAUCGACGCCGAGAUCCUCGGGGGCCGGGGGCCCGGCAUGGUCGCGCCGGGAGGCUGGUGUCAGGCAGCAGCAGCUGCCGGCGCCGGCGGGGAGAACAGUAACGGGACCGACGACGACCCGUGCGCGGCGGUGGGGAACGCCGCGUUCCUAAGGCCCGGACCGGGUGCUGAGCGGCUGCAGAGGCUCGUCACGUCGCUGCUGUCGGAGGAGAACUUCCGGCCCAGGCAGUGCGUAGUAGAAGACGAGAAGUGAGCUGGGCUGGGCCGAGCGGGGACGAGCUGCUACUGCCGGUUGCCCACGUUCUGGCAGUGGCAGGCAUUUCAGCAGUUUUUUUUUUUGAAGUUAGGCGCUUCAGCAUUAGUAUAUUGCCUGGCGCAAUGGCAUACUCCAUAUCAGAAGCUCAUGUACAGUGCUGGAGCUGUGAUACUCUCAAGGCAGCGGCAUGUAGGUGAUACCGUACCUAAAAGAUGCAUGGUGGUAGGUACAUGAUGCUAUGUGCCGAGGUCCUCGGCGGUAUACACCCGAUACAUGCAUGCAUGUGCAGUACAGGACUACAGGGUAUGUACGAGUACGGGACGAAAAUUACCCCCCGGAUAUUCAUAUAUCUAUAUAUACUAUACGCCGUUUCUCCUUU